AUGGUAGGUUACGACUCCGAUCACCGAGGUUAUAGGAUUUUCCACCCUCCAUCCAGAAAAGUCUUUGUCUGUAGUCAAGUUAAAUUUGAUGAAUCCAUUUUCCCAUUAGAACAGACAAAAUCAGUUGAGUUAUCUCAUAAUUUUGCCACUUCCACCAUUUCAGGAGUACCACGUUAUCCUCAAUCUGGUAGCUCUAUAUUUGCUCCCAGAAGUAUGAACUUUCCCAAACCAUCUAUCCCCGCAACAGACGUUAGUUCUGUUGAUAUUACUGGUAAUCUCUCAUUAUCGUCAACUGGUACUAACGACAACGCCCGUCAUUCUUUAUCAAAACCAAAUUGUGACGUUAUCUAA